AUGGCUGUCAUUCGCUCAGCUUUGUUGGUUGCUAAGUCAGUUGUAGAAGCCUGUGGUCGGCUCCCAGCAGUCGAGAUCACCGGCUUCAGCCGACCCGAUCAGCACCCUCCGAGCGCCGAUCAGCCAAGAUCAACUGAAGCGCUUGAGCAGCCAUUGCACAAGCCUCAAAUGUUGCUUGAUCCGGUUGUGGAAGGUGAUUUUCCCUCAAAAGCGGAUCUGUGUGGACCGGGUGGCGAGAUCAACUCUGAAGAAGCCGAUGAGGCACGGUUUAUCCCGAAAAUCUAA